AUGCCCAGCAUCAGCGAUUCUAAGUGCGUCCUCGUCGUUGGAUCCACUGCAGGAAUAGGUCGUGCCCUUGCCCUUGCCAUGUUGGAUCUCCCUUCUCAACCAACUGUCAUUGUCUGCGGUCGCCGCAAGGAAAGACUCGACGAACUGGUUGCCUCCAACAAUGCUACCGGACGACUCAAGAGUGUUACUCUUGACGUCCUUUCAGAGCGUAACACUCUCAAAUCUUCUAUCGAGGAUAUCGUCAACACUUAUUCAGACCUUGACGCUGUCUUGUUCUCGAGUGGGAUUCAACGUGCCUUCGACUUCACCAAGCCAGAAACCGUUGAUCUCGACUCUAUCGAAUGUGAACUGGCCACCAAUUACACGUCAAUUGUCAGGAUGAUCACUUUCUUCCUCCCCCAUCUUAUCAAGCUUGGGGAACAAGGCCGUCCGACAUUCCUGUUUACAGUAUCUUCAGGACUGUCCAUUGUUCCCUCCACUGGAGUCGCUAACUACUGCGCGACAAAGUCUGCUAUCCACAGCUUGAGCAUCUCACUCGCUGUUCAACUCAAGGAGAAGAAUGUUCACGUGGUUGAGAUUAUUCCUCCGCUCGUCGAGUCGGAGUUGCACGACUUCGAAGGCACUACGCAACGUCUGUCCAAUUCCUGGCUUUCACUCGAGGAAUACACGAAGGUGACGAUGGAAGGCCUUGUUCGAGGCGAUCCGUAUGUUCCAGCGGGGUUGGCCGUCGACCUGCACAAACAGUUCGAGGAAGGGAAGUUGGAGGCUGCGACGAAGAUGCAUGGGCAUUUCAAGGCAAUGACUCAGACAUAG